CCCGCCCACGAGGAAGUGGCUGCGGCGCUGCGCGGGUCUCAGAGCCGGUUCGGCGCGUCGACUGUCCAGAGUCCGUGGCCGGGGCGCCCCGAGACAGGGCACAGCUGACCUGCAUUCUGUCCCCUCCCCUGGGUCCAGGAGACAAGUGACUAUGGCCUACCACAGCUUCCUUGUGGAGCCCAUCAGCUGCCAUGCCUGGAACAAGGACCGUACACAGAUCGCCAUCUGCCCCAACAACCACGAGGUGCACAUCUACGAGAAGAGUGGAGCCAAGUGGAACAAGGUUCACGAGCUUAAGGAGCACAACGGGCAGGUGACAGGCAUCGACUGGGCCCCUGAGAGUAACCGCAUUGUGACCUGCGGCACAGACCGCAAUGCCUAUGUGUGGACGCUGAAGGGCCGCACGUGGAAGCCUACACUGGUCAUCCUGCGGAUCAACCGAGCUGCCCGCUGUGUGCGCUGGGCCCCCAAUGAGAACAAGUUCGCCGUGGGCAGUGGCUCCCGUGUCAUCUCCAUCUGUUAUUUUGAACAGGAGAAUGACUGGUGGGUGUGCAAGCACAUCAAAAAGCCCAUCCGCUCCACUGUCCUCAGCCUCGACUGGCACCCCAACAACGUGCUCCUGGCUGCAGGCUCCUGUGACUUCAAGUGCAGGAUCUUCUCUGCCUAUAUCAAGGAGGUGGAGGAGCGGCCAGCCCCUACACCGUGGGGCUCCAAGAUGCCCUUUGGGGAGCUGAUGUUCGAGUCGAGCAGCAGUUGUGGCUGGGUGCAUGGAGUCUGCUUCUCGGCCAGUGGGAGCCGAGUGGCUUGGGUCAGCCAUGACAGCACAGUGUGCCUGGUGGACGCUGACAAGAAGAUGGCCGUUGCAACCCUGGCCUCUGAAACCUUGCCACUCCUGGCUGUCACCUUCAUCACAGAAAAUAGUCUAGUGGCAGCGGGCCACGACUGCUUCCCCGUGCUGUUUACCUAUGACAGUUCUGUGGGGACAUUGAGCUUUGGUGGUCGACUGGAUGUGCCCAAGCAGAGCUCCCAGCGUGGCCUGACAGCCCGAGAACGCUUCCAGAACCUCGACAAGAAGGCCAGCUCUGAAGGUGGUGCAGCCACGGGCGCCGGCCUAGACUCACUGCACAAGAACAGUGUCAGUCAAAUCUCGGUGCUCAGCGGGGGCAAGGCCAAGUGCUCGCAGUUCUGCACUACAGGCAUGGAUGGUGGCAUGAGCAUCUGGGAUGUGAAGAGCUUGGAGUCAGCCUUGAAGGACCUGAAGAUCAAAUGAGCUGUGGAGUGCCACCCUCAUCCCAGAUGCUGGGAAAGAGGGAAAAGCGCUGGGGAGGCCAAGGGCUGCUUUGCUGAAUGCUUCUAGGGUGCCAGUACGGGGCUGCUCCCCAAGAAGGGAGGAGACAGGUGGGAACUUUCCUACCUAUUUAAGGAAUAUGUGCCUUUUAAAGAAAUGCUUUCACUUACUGCUUAAAAAAGAAAGAACAGAAGAAAAAGCCCCCAAGCACAAUGCUGGUCAUGAAUCGCUUCAGAAUAUGGGGUAAUAAAUGCCAUCUGCGGACAGGC